AGAGCCGGCGGGAGUGGGCAGCAUGGAGGGGGAGCCCUCCCAGCCUCCUAACAGCAGCUGGCCCCCAAGCCAGAACACGAGUGAGGCCCAGGCCACCCCAGCUGCAAAUCUCACCUUCUCCUCCUACUACCAGCACUCCUCCCCAGUGGCAGCCAUGUUCAUUGUGGCCUACGUGCUCAUCUUCCUCCUCUGCAUGGUGGGCAAUGCCCUGGUCUGCUUCAUCGUGCUCAAGAACAGGCACAUGCGCACUGUCACCAACAUGUUCAUCCUCAACCUGGCCGUCAGCGACCUGCUGGUGGGUAUCUUCUGUAUGCCCACUACCCUCGUGGACAACCUCAUCACUGGGUGGCCCUUUGACAACGCCACAUGCAAGAUGAGCGGCUUGGUGCAGGGCAUGUCCGUGUCGGCAUCCGUGUUCACACUGGUGGCUAUUGCUGUGGAAAGGUUCCGCUGCAUCGUGCACCCUUUCCGCGAGAAGCUGACCGUGCGCAAGGCGCUGGUGGCUAUCGCGGUCAUCUGGGCCCUGGCCCUGCUCAUCAUGUGUCCCUCGGCCGUCACACUGACCGUCACGCGCGAGGAGCACCACUUCAUGGUGGACGCCCGCAACCGCUCCUACCCACUCUACUCGUGCUGGGAGGCCUGGCCCGAGAAGGGCAUGCGCCGGGUCUACACCACCGUGCUCUUCUCGCACAUCUACCUGGCCCCGCUGGCGCUCAUCGUGCUCAUGUACGCGCGCAUCGCUCGCAAGCUCUGCAAGGCCUCCGGGCCCGCGCGCGCCGGCGGGGAGACUGCGCCCCAAGGCCGCCCAGGGGCCCGGCGCAGGGCCAGGGUGGUGCACAUGCUGGUCAUGGUGGCGCUGGUCUUCACGCUGUCCUGGCUGCCGCUCUGGGCGCUGCUGCUGCUCAUUGACUACGGCCAGCUCAGCGAACCGCAGCUGCACCUGGUCACCGUCUACGCCUUCCCCUUCGCGCACUGGUUGGCCUUCUUCAACAGCAGCGCCAACCCCAUCAUCUACGGCUACUUCAACGAGAACUUCCGCCGCGGCUUCCAGGCCGCCUUCCGCGCGCAGCUCUGCCUGCCGCCGUGGGCUGGCCCCAGGGAGGCCUACUCCGAGCCGCUGCCCAGGGAGCUCCUGCGCGCCCGGCUCUCCGCCGAGGGGCAGCCCAACGACUCGGGCCUGCCCUCCGAGUCCGGCCAGAGCAGCGGGGCAGCCCGCUCUGGCCGCCUCCCCCUGCGCGGGGGCCGGGUGGCCCAUCAUGGCUUGGCCGGGGAGGGUCCUGGCUGCGGCCACCUGCCCCUCACCAUACCGGCGUGGGAUAUCUGA